AUGUGUUCUCUUCGUUCCCCUCUUCUUCCCUUUACGCCUUCCCGUUCCCCUCUUCUCCCCUUUACGCUGUUUCCCGUUCCCCUCUUCUCCCCUUUACGCUGUUUCCCGUUCCCCUCUUCUCCCCUUUACGCUGUUUCCUGUCUUCUCCUCUCUUCCCCCCUUCUCUCUUUCCCUGCUUCUCCUCUUCUCCUCUUUAUCUCCUCUUCUCCUCUUUAUCCCUCUUCUCUCUUUACUCUUUCUCUACCUAACCCGUCUUUUUCCUUUUCUCUUUACCCAUUCUCUUUUCCCCUCUUCUCUCUUUACUCUUUCUCUAUCCCCGUGUUUCUUUACCCCUUUUCUCUUUUCCCGUUCUCCUCUUUAUCUUCUCUCUUUACCAUUCUCCUCUUUCCCCUCUUCUCUCUUUUUAUUCUCCUCUUUCCCCCUCUUCUCUCUUUACCCAUUCUCCUUUUUCCCUCUUCUCUUUACCCCUUCUCUCUCCCCUUCUCUCUUUCCCUCUUCUCCCUUUCCAUCUUCUCCUCUUUAUCCCCUCUUCUCUCUUUACUCUUUCUCUAUAUAACCCCGUCUUUUCUUUACCCCUUUUCUCUUUUUCUCCUCUUUCCCUCUUCUCUUUCCCCUCUUUCUCUCUCUUUUACCCAUUCUCCUCUUUCCCCUCUUCUCUCUUUACCCAUUCUCCUCUUUUCCCUCUUCUCUCUUUACCCAUUCUCCUCUUUCCCCUCUUCUCUCUUACCCCUUCUCUCUCCCCCCUUCUCUCUUUCCCUGCUUCUCCUCUUUCCAUCUUCUCCUCUUUAUCCCCUCUUCUCUCUUUACUCUUUCUCUAUAUAA